AUGACUACGUGCCGUCUGCUGUGCGCCCUGUUGGUGCUCGCCCUGUGCUGCUGUCCGUCCUUGUGCGUGACAGCGAGUGGAGACGCUAAUACGACUACCACAACAACGACGACAAAAGCGCCAACCACUACUACUACGACUACCAGUACGACUACUACUACUACUACUACUACUACUACUACUACUACUACGACGACGACGACAACAACAACGACAAAAGCGCCAACCACUACUACUACUACUACUACUACUACAACGACAACAGCGCCAACCAAUACUACUACUACUACUACUACGACGACGACAAAAUCACCUAAACCUUCGGACACGACAAGGGAACAAACAGAAACUGCGGCUACUAGUAAAGAGGAGCCAAGUAUGACGACUACUAAAGCACCAGUUAAUAAGGAUGAACUCAAACGGUCGAUCCCUCGCGGUACUAACGGCAGCUUCAGCGGCUCUGCGUGGGUGUGUUCCUUGCUGGUGCUUGCCGUGUCCGCGCUGGCGUACACCACUCUGGGCUAA